AUGGCAGACUUUUGGGCCGGUUACAUCUCUGGCGUAGCUUCUAUAAUAAUUGGGUCCCCCCUCGAUAUAAUCAAAGUUCGCCUCCAGUCCGGUCCCCGGAAUAUUAGUCCUACCCAAACAUACAGUUUCGAGAAUGCCGGCAGUUUAGUUAGAGGCGCAGCAGCUCCGCUCGUCGGGUAUGGAGCUCUAAACGCCCUUCUUUUUGUCUCCUACAACCGCACGCUCGAACUCCUUGGAGAUACGCCUGAAAGCCCCUCUAGUCUUUGGAAGAUUUGGGUUGCAGGAGCAGCCGGAGGACUGGCUAUUUUCUGUGUUAAUUCACCUACCGAUGUCUGCCUGCCUUCACCUAUUAGCAUGUUCAAACUCUUCCUGCCUUACCAAUACAUUCAAAAGGUCCUAGACGGCAAUUUUGAUAUGAGCGACCACUAUGCCUUCAAGAUCCUACUUUCUGGAGGGUUGGCAGGGUGCAUUUCUUGGGCCUCUAUCUAUCCAUUGGAUCUCGUCAAGACUCGAUAUCAGACGCAAUUUACCGCUUCCGAGGCACCGUUGCUUCCGAAUCAGAACCGGGGUGUUGCGCCCAUGGGCGCCGAGAUGAGUACUUGGGAGUGCGCGAAAGCGGCGUACAGAGAAGGUGGAAGGAAGAUUUUCUUCGAUGGACUAGGAAUAUGCAUGGCGAGAGCUUUUCUGGUAAACGCAGCAGGGUUCUUUGUGUAUGAAUGGGCCUUGGCCCAGCUCCAGCCUUCGAGGUCGCGGGGAUAUGGGAGCGAUUUGACGCAAGCUUAA